AGCUUGGGGACACGAAGCAUACGUAGUCAAGUCACGUCUUGUAGACAACAGCUUGAGUCUGCCGUCUGUUGUUCCAGCCCAUCGUGUCAAUUCAGCAUGAAGUUCCUCCAGACUGUGACAGCCUUCCUGCUGCCUCUUACAGCUUUGGCCGCAAAGAAAACAUCGGGCGACAAGUUCGGUGAUUACCGAUCGCAACAGCUGUCGGCAGCUGCUCCCCUCAAGCUCGACGACAAUGAAUACGCCAAAUUGACCGCUUCCCCCCGCGACUAUGGUGUUGCCGUUCUCUUGACUGCCCUCGAGGCCAGAUUCGGGUGUGCCAUCUGUCACGAAUUCCAGCCCGAGUGGGACCUCCUGGGCAAGAGUUGGACCAAAGGAGACAAGAAGCAGGAGUCCAAGCUGGUCUUUGGGACCCUCGACUUUGUCAAUGGCCAGAGAACUUUCCAGUCUCUGAUGCUCACCACUGCUCCCGUCCUUCUCUACUUCCCUCCUACCGUCGGCCCUGAUGCCAAGCCUGAUACUCAGCCUCUCCGUUUCGACUUCACCACUGGUGUCAUCCGUGCCGAACCUGUCCACUCCUGGCUCUCUCGCCAUGUAUCUGGCCCUACUCCUCCCGUUGUCCGUCCCGUCAACUACGUCAAGAUCAUCACAACCACUGUUGCCAUCCUCGGUACCGUGACCGCCUUUACCGUUGCUGCUCCAUACGCUCUGCCCGUCCUUCAGAGCCGCAACCUCUGGGCCGCAAUCAGCUUGAUCGCCGUCCUGCUCUUCACCAGUGGCCACAUGUUCAACCACAUCCGCAAGGUCCCCUACGUUGCAGGCGACGGCAAGGGCGGUGUUUCCUACUUCGCCGGUGGUUUUCAGAACCAAUUCGGUCUCGAGACUCAAAUUGUUGCUGCGAUGUACGCCAUUCUUGCCUUUGCGACCAUCUCUCUUGCUCUCAAGGUCCCUCGUAUGACAGACCCUCGUGCUCAGGGUAUCGCUACUCUUGCCUGGGGCGCCGUCAUGCUCGCCAUGUACAGCUACCUUCUCAGCACUUUCCGUAUCAAGAACGGUGGCUACCCCUUUUGGCUGCCUCCUUUCUAGAUGGAUAGACCAUCCUGCUCUGCCAUUGGAUUUUCCAUCAUGGUCCAUGUGCAUGAGAGCUCGCAUCAACUUAGCAUGCACUUGAAAAGUCAUAUAUAUUCCGCAAAUAGACAACACUUCAUCAUUCGGACUUGACUGGUUUCGCUGUAUGUUGAGCACCGUGCCAAUAGUGACCCGUUGAUAUCGUGUAAGAUGUAGUCAACGUGUACACUGAUGUAUCGUAUCAGUAAAGAUUGUGGUGCUUGUCUCCGAAUGCGACAUGGAAGACGAGAGGCCUGCGAAGUUCUCGAACAUGGAGACAAGAAUGGUUAGUACAGCUGUGCUUCAUGGCUAUUCCAUCUGCUCACAGCAACACAAGCGAACAGUGGGAGAAUAUGAUAUGAAGCAAGCAUUAGAAUAAAUAAGGUAUAAAGGGUAUAGGUUAGAAGAGAAGAACG